AUGUCGAAUGAUCAAGAAAUUGUUACAUCGAAACCUCUGAAACCGUGAGUAUCUUUCUGGAUCGAUUGUUUGAUCUUCUUCGCGUUCACUGAUCUUUUAGUAUUUCCGUGGAACAGGAAGGGAAGAACAGAGUUAGGUGAUGUAACUCCUCACAACAUCAAGCAGCUCAAGAAAUUGAACUCUGUUGUAUUUCCCGUCAGCUAUAACGACAAGGUAAAGAUUAAGCUUUCCAUCGUUUGUUGAGAAAAGAUUCGUUAGAUUGUUUUAGAUAUGUUAAUAGUUCAUCUGCUGAAGAGACAUCGAAUAUCUUUCGAUGGAACAAAAAUUUGGUACAUUUCAUGUGACAAUUUGGAACUAACGCAUGUGCACAGACAACCAACAUUUCAUUUUCAAGAUGUCAUCACUCUGCCAUCAUCAUGCUAAAUAUGUAGGCGGUCUUUUUCUUUAGAUGUUCUCGAACUUCACAAAGUCGGUAAACUACAGACGAUGGUUUGCAUCUCACCGAAUAUAAAUCGUGACUAUGAUUGUGUAACUGGUUAUUUUUGAAGCCCCCCAUCAACGAAAUGAGGUGUCAAAUGUUCUGCAUUAAAUACUCACAUUUCUCUGUCAAGGAUAUUUUUAAUGUCAUCGAAGAAUUUUCCAGAUAACAAGUAGUUCUUUUUUAACAAUCUUGCCUACUUAGGUGUAUAUAAAUUUUAAUUUCUUGCCAUCCUCCUACAUAUGUUUGCAGCAGGCUCUGGUUAAAAAAGCUUAACUUUUAUUUGUUCGCAAAAUAUCUGCAAGUUAUACCGGUGAAGAGUUUAGGACUAUCUCGGGGCACAUGAAAACUUUGUGUCUACUGUGUUAGUAGAAAUCCACAGGUAUAUGCUGUAAUCUGAUUUUCUAUGCGACUCACUGUUUAUUCUAUUACAAUUAAACAGUAACAUGUGCAGUUGUAAUCAAAAUGUUGAUAGGUUUUAAACGAAUAGCAUAUUUACACUAGGACUCUUAGAUCAUUCGCUCUCAAUUUCUACGGGUGAUAGUCAAUGAUCUCACAAUAGAAAUCUCAAGUUCAUAGAUCUAAUAUUUAGCGACACAUUAAUUCUCAUGCAGAUUUGUAUUGCUUUACAGUUUUACAAGGAUGUACUUGAAGUUGGGGAACUAGCGAAACUAGGUACUUUGUUGAAGAGUAUUGGCUAAGAUAAUUCUAUGUGAAAUAGUUUAAUUACAAGACCAUUUUAUUUCUUUUUUUUUUUUUGCUACUAUUUAUUUUGGCAAACUUAAAACCAAGAAAAUAGAAAAAUAGUUUGAAACUUUCAGUCUUGGGUCUUGAAAAAUGCAAAAGAAGUUUUCCUUGUAUCACACACAUGAUUAAUUUCAAAUAUCUUUCUUUAUUUAAAACACAUUCUUAUUCCCAAGACAUUUUAUAUUUGAUUCUCUUUCAUAAAUACCUGACCAAAAUUGUUAUUGCAUCCUCACAGGGGCAUUGGUUGGGGGCUAUUUUUUUUCCAAGGCUGUGUUUUAUUAUGACCAUUAUUCUUAUUCCUUAAACAUUUUAUAUUUGAUUUUUUCAUAAUUUUUUUUUAUAUUGAAUCUAUUUUUUUUUCUUGUAGCAUUUUAUAAUGACAUUGUAGUUGGAGCAGUUUGCUGUCGCAUUGACCAGAUAGAAGAUGCUAGACGGCUUUAUAUAAUGACUUUGGGAUGUUUAGCCCCUUAUAGAAGACUUGGUAUUGGUAAGUUGAAAGAAUCAUACUUCUGGUGUGCUUUUUAUUGGGUUUGUUCUAAGCAAAUAAAGUCUAAUUAUUUGGUACUGCUUGCAACUCUAAAAUGCUUAAGAGAUGCAUAGGUUUUAAAGAUUUCUUCAUUGAAUUGUGUAUAUAAUGUUUACAUAAUGCCUUUUUUACUCUCAGGUACUGUCAUGCUUGAACAUGUGCUAAAAUGUUGUGAAAAGGAUGGUAACAUUGACAAUGUUUAUUUGUAAGUUUUUUUUUUGGUUAAUAUUGGUAAUAGAAGCCUUGGAGCAGGCAAUUUAGACAAAAUUUAGCUGUUUUUCUAUAAUUAUUUUUCCUUGAUUUUUCCUCUUUGUUCAUUGUCUGAAACAAAUACUGAAAAACUAUAGCAAGUUCCCCUCUUCCUUUAAACCAAAAAAGCAUACUGUGUAUGUGUACUUGUAGUAGUUGAAUUAUAAAUGAUUUGGGCAAAGUAAUGUUUCAGAACCUAGUAUUUUUGUAUUUAUACGAUAAGCUGAAUUGUAAACCCAUUUUGAAUGUACCUCGUAACUUCUUUGGUUACAUUCAUUAAUUCUGUAAACCAGAGUAGCAUCAAACCAUGUCCCAUUUUGAAUGGUUCCUACUUAUGAUUGUUUGGAAGACAGAUGCAUACAUGAUAUAACUAAUCACAAUUUACUUCCUUAUUGUAUAAAACAAAUAGAUUCCAUGUUACUAUGUGCCUGUACAGAAAAAAAACAGAUGAAAUAAAAAUGUGGGAAGAACAUCAGUGACAUACUCAGCUUCACCUCAUUGCCACUUUGUUGUUCUUUCAUCAUUUUGAUAUCAUCUUUGAUCUACUGGUAAACAUUUUAAGUUAUGCAAUACUUUUUUCAUAGUUCUCUGACAUAUUGGAAUGUUAAUGAUUUGUCUCUGUCUAAUUUCAGGCAUGUUCAAGUUAGCAAUGAAGGAGCAAUAGGAUUUUACAAGAGAUUUGGAUUUGAAAUAAUAGAAACAAAGAAACAAUACUACAAACACAUUGAACCAGCAGAUGCUCAUGUCUUGCAGAAAACACUUAGGCACAAAAAGAGAGAUAUUUGUGUAUGACAGAGUAAAUAGAUCUAGCACUUUAACAUUAAAAAGCUUCCGAAAACAUUGAAUGUGAACAGAUUAUAUAGUGUAAAACUAUAUCCUCCUCCUCACAAGUGUCUGUUUUCUUACUUUUACCUUAGUAAAGAAGAUCUCCAACAGAUGGUGCAAACGUGUUUUAGAAUCUGUUGUAAGCAAAGCACAAUGACUUGAUGGCUGGAAAAGUAACAUGAAAAUGCCAAUGUUAAUUCAAAGUGAAAACGAUUAUUUGUGGUGAAAAUCAUGUUGGAGCUGAUCUUUGUCAUUUUUUUCUUUCAUCACUUUGUUUCAAAUUUAAUAAGACAUGUUAUGAACUUAGGAAAUUCUGCAACUCUUGGUGUUCAAAGCCAUUGGAUAUUGCAGAAUUCUCCAGGUAAUGUGUAUAAUUUUCCAGCUAAAUGUUGAUGGCUGGAACUAUUUCUAAUUCUGACAUGGAAAAUAUUCUCCUACUUCUUGCCAUGUUAUUUCUCAAUGAAAACCUUGAACACAAAAAAUGUUAAUACUCUUUCAUUGCAUUUAGAAUACAAAAAUCAUUGCACUGCAUAUGAGUCAAUGCACUUUAAGUUUAGAAAACACUUAACAAAAUUCAGUUUGUGCUAAUCUUAAGUAGAAAUUAGUAACUUUCAAAUAAAACAAUUUACAAAAAUAAAAAAUCUCUCUAAUGUC